CCUCCUUGCGAUGAAAAAUUGGUGCCUCUCCGUAGGUUAUUACCAAUCCAGUUUGUGACGAUGGCAGCUGAAUUUUCUGAUAGUUGUAACAUCAAUCCACGACGGCAACGACGGCAGAAGCUAUGUACCGCUAUGGGUCCCUGUCUGCCAUGUGAUCUCCAUUGUCCAAACAAACAAACAUUCACAUGAUGCCCAUGGCCGGCCAGCUGCCUAGAUUCGGUCUCCAUCGGUCCAGGGCCGGUCCUAAGCGCCCUCGACGACGACGACGACGAUUGUUUCCCAUUUUCCACCACUCUGUUACUGGCAACUCUUACGCCCAGUGAUUUAAACCGUACCAGAACCAUUCAUCAGCUUUGUCGACAUCGUGUUGGUGGUGUUUGACAUUCACAAGGAGCCAUGGCAUCCAGCUCUCCAACACCCUCGUUGACACCCAGCAUUGGUUCAUCUCCCCCUCCCAAUAUUCCAGUUCAACCAGAUCAUUUCUAUGACGGCCAACCGAUACACGCAACUCCAGAUUCGGAUGGUAAGACGUGGUUGGACCCAGAUGAUGAUCGGUUAGCUGCUCGUGGUAUACCUGUCUUCAAGCCGACGAUGGAGGAGUUCAGAGAUUUUGAGGCCUACAUGAAGAGAGUCGAACCUUGGGGCAUGUGUAGUGGUAUCAUUAAAGUCAUUCCUCCAGAAGAAUGGUGCGUUUCCACUGAGUCUUUCCAUCGCGUCUUCUAGCUACACUUUGUCUCACUAUCUGUAUCCACUCUUCCCCAGGAAACAUUCUCUUCCGCCUUUGAAAGACCAGCUAUCAAAUGUCGAAAUUAGAACUCCUAUCGAACAGCAUAUGUUGGGUCAAGCUGGCCUUUUCCGACAGCAGAAUUUCGAGAAGCGGAAAACAAUGAGCGUGAGAGAAUGGGCAGAGUUUUGUGGUCAAGACGAAUACCGCGCUCCCGGGGUAGGCGAAGUUGGGUUACAUGCACGCUCCAACGUCAAGGCAAAACCACGCACUAGAACCAGAAAAGCUGCCACCGCCAAAGUCGAGACUGUCGAGCCGUGUAUCGACGAAAACGGGCAGGUGCGCAUCAAGGAGGAGCCGGUCGAUGACGCUGCCGGUGCGAUACACGAAAACAGUUCAAGAAGCACGGCUGAUCCGCUCGACGAAGGAGAGCAGAAACCGAAACCGAAAGGACGUCGCCAGCCACAAACGAAGCAGUCGAAGGAAGCCAAAUUAGCCGAACGCGCCGAGAAGGAUACGGCCUUUUUGGAAACCUUUGAUCCCCAUACACACUGGCUUCCUCCAGAUACAAAGCCGGAGGAUUAUACUCCGGAGUUCUGUGCAAAACUUGAAAGGCAGUAUUGGCGUAACUGUGGAUUAGCGAGGCCUCCAUGGUAUGGUGCCGACACUCAGGGCUCCUUAUAUACAGAUGAAACCAAGGAAUGGAAUGUUGCACAUCUGGAGUCCGAGUUAUCAAGACUUCUACCUUACAGUGACGGACUUCCUGGUGUCAACACUCCAUAUCUGUAUUGGGGAAUGUGGAGAGCCACUUUUGCAUGGCACGUCGAGGAUAUGGAUCUCUUCAGCAUCAAUUAUAUCCACUUUGGUGCCCCAAAAUUUUGGUAUGCAGUACCGCAAGGCCGAGCUAGUACCCUGGAGCAUGCUAUGCGAAGCUUCUUCCCAAAGGAUACGUCUCAAUGUCACCAAUUCCUUCGACAUAAAUCCUUUUUGGCGUCACCCACCCUUCUUGCCAAAUCCUCUUGCAAACCCAACCACUGUGUGCAACAUGCUGGCGAGUUCAUGAUUACCUUCCCAAGGGGAUAUCAUGCAGGUUUCAACUUGGGCUUCAACUGUGCUGAGAGCGUCAAUUUUGCGCUCCCUAGCUGGUUAGAGCUAGGAAAGGUGGCGAAGGCCUGCGAAUGUAUUCCUGAUAGUGUCCGCAUCGAUGUCAACAAACUGCUUGAAGAACGUGAACAUCGUGAAGGAGGCGAAUGCAACUCAUCGAGUGAUUUGAAAUGCCAAGGUCCCAGCUCCAGCGGAAAAUCCAAGCGCCCAUCUGCCACUGUGAAAUCUACCAGCUCCCCCUCAAAGAAAAAGCACAUCAAAUCGGAAGACGUGUUAGUGCUUAUUCUCCCACUUUCGAAAGUUGGCAAGCGGAAGGCCGAUCUCUCGUCUGAGGAACCACCAAAACGGAAGAAGCCUAAAAAAUCCUUAGGUCAAAUCCAAGAUUUGCCGACCAUGAUGCCUUCGAAACCCAAUCCGAUUAAGAUUACCUUGAAGCUUGGGCCACGACCUACUGAGCCUGAUAACUUUCCCUGUUGUCUUUGUGUCUCCAUGGACAAGGCGGACUUACUGCGCGUGCAAGACCCGCCUGUCAGCCGGAAGGACGCUAUGGAUGCAUGUGGUUAUCCGCGGGAUUGGGUAUGGAGGGCCCAUCGGGAUUGCGCGAGCAUUGUUCCCGAGACGUGGGUAGACGAAGCAGAGAAUCCUGAGACAGGUCUGAAGGAGGAGGUUGUAUUCGGAGUCGAUGGGAUUGUGAAGGAUCGAUGGAAUCUCAAAUGUACUGCAUGUACAAAAACACGGCCUAAAGGUCAUGGGGCGCCCAUUCAAUGCACGAAAGGGAAAUGUCCGAAGGCAUUCCAUAUUUCUUGCGCCCGAGACAUCGAGGAUAACAAUGUGGUUUUCACUAUACUUAAAGAGGUAGAGAAGGAAGUCGUUCUAGUCAACCCAGAUUCAUCAAAUGCCCUUACAAUCACCACCGCGCCGGUUUCGAUUCAGGCCUCAGCUCUGCAGCCGGAGUCUGGAUCAGGCCCGAUGCAGGUGGAGUUCGAAUCGACAAAUACUCCCUCUGCCGAAAUCGCCCAUAACAGUCGCAUGGCUGUAGAUCAACCGAACGGAACGGACGAUGGAGAUGGAGAUUCGAACACAGAGGUACUCAAGAUCAUCACGAAGUAUGAAGUACAAAUCUUGUGUACACAGCACAAUCCUGCCGUUGCGGCGAAAAAGAAAGCAUCUAAACAAGACAGAAUAAAGCAGGACCUUCUGGCGCUACCCUCAAUGGCGCGCAUCAAAAUUCGCGUUAGUGCGGGUGUAUUUGAGGUAUCGCUCAUUCGUGUGAUAGAGGAAACGAGCUCGGUAGAGGUUCUUUGGGAUCGGGGAUCGAAACGAGAAUUCAAGUGGGGGAGUGUGGUGUUUGGGAGUACGGACGGCCCCGUGCAAAGCAAACCUUCUGAGGCGGCACCCCUCGAAUCAUUUCAAUCUAUUCAUAAUCACGUCACGCCAGCAACAAAUUACUCUACCAUAGCCCCCACCUCACACCCUCCUGUACCUCAUCCCCAGUCGUCAAGUACCGCAAGCGUGCCAGUGCCAACUACAACAUAUGGACAGUAUGCUAUUACUGGCUAUCCGUAUUGGUCUUACCCCACUCAGAUCCCCUAUGGUCAGGGUUCGAAUGGGUAUGGGUACAGCAGCUACUAUAACAUUGCCAGUACUGUGGCAUCGGCGACUGCACCUUCUGCAUCAUCAUCAGGGCCUUCUACCUCGAAUUCAACUUACACAACGCCUCCGCUGUACUCCAAAUUUCCUGUGACAACUCCAGUUACCUCAUCUGACCAACCAAAUGUCAAAAAGUAUUAUCGAAAUAGGGAACUUCAAUGGAAAACGCCAUACCAACCAGCCGUCCCGCUCGAGUCUCAAACCCCGGGAAAUCGUGAUGUCAAUCUUCGUGAUUCUCAGGUCCAGCCCCAAGCCCAAAAUGAGCCUGAUGCGCGAUCUCAUACUCCAUCACAACCACAGCAAAUAAUACAAUAUCAAUUUUCGGUUCCAAUGGUCUCUGACAACUCCGAUUCCCAAAACGAAAUACCUCUUCAGAGGCACAGUCACGAACUCACGGAUUCCUUGCAUCUCUCACCCCCACCGACGGCACCUCCGGUAAAUGUAAAUGAAGCACAUCUACCUAUUCCUUCCAAAGGCUCCCAGAGUCCGACAGCCGACGUGAUUUACAGUGCUGCGUCGGUUGAGAUCCCUCCCCGACCACAAGAUCAUGAGUCUGGAAAUGCUAUUCCGACCCCUGUGGACAAUGUUCACGCUCUCCUGUCUGGCCUCACGACGGAGCAGUUAUCCACCCUCGUACAAAACCAUCCCGAGCUCCGUACCAUGGUUCUGAACGUUGUUGGCCAUGGCCAGAAUCAGGCGACCCCUACUAGGCCUACUGCGUCGUGACCGAUGAUACGCUAUUUUAUUUUAGUUUUUCUUUUUGCUUUCUUUGCUUCUUGUCGUUGCGCUAGCUCCCUUUUGAUACCCGUAUGGACCGUAUUUACUUCAACUUCUAUUGUUUUGUAAGUUAACAGUAAAAGACCGCUUCUGUACUGUUUUCCCUUUCAAUAAUAUAAUGUAGAUUAUACGACCCCAAUUAAUCUUGAUUUCUCUA